AUGGGCGCCAUUGUAGUGACUCUAGGACUCUACAACUGGAUAGCUCCAGGUUUCCCUUUUCAAUCAAACAAAGCGGCGCCAGCGACCUCCAACCGGAUGGUGCUGCAGCUCCUGCCGCAGCGAGUUCUGCAGCAGUACAUCGACUUCGAAAAGCAGGGGCAGUAUUCCGCGUGCAUCAAGCUCCUGGAAUCUGCCACUCCCGGGAGUCUGAACGUUCUUAGCCCGGCGACAAUGGUCAGUGGCAAGCCCUUGCUGGUGGAGACGGUGCUGCAGCUGAUAGUGGGCUACUCGGGUCUCUGCCUCAAGAACCAGCAGGGGAGCGUGGCGGUGAAGCUCAUCACACAGGUCCUGGACAACAUGAGCCUGUCCCUUCGCGACCUGCACCCUGGCCACCGCACAGUUCUGGAGGCCUAUCUUUUCGACACGGCUCUGAGUGUCUGCUACUACAUGCCAAACGACGUGACCUUGGCUGACCGGUCACAGUCCUUCUUCCAGCAGGCGUCGGAGAGAUAUCUUCGGCUGGGCCAUGUCAACAGAUACUGCAAGUGCUGCCUCAGAGCCGCGGCGGUGCUACACCUCCAGGGCAGCAAGUCCGAGGCGGAGUACUACACCCAGCAGGCUCUGAACAAGCUCAGCGAUGCCCCGGUCUCCUCUCUGUUGGCCAUCUGCUACCACAAUCUGGCCGUCCACACCGUCGUGCAGCAUCGGGUCGCGGAUGCCGUGGCGCAUGUGAGGUCGUACGUUGCGCUGCUGCGCCAGCUGCCAAAGCUUGGCAACUCCUGGAUGCAGCUGCUGGACAACACCCAGUGGCUCGUCCUUAAGGCGCAGGAGCUCUGGCCGCAGCAUCAGCAGCAGAAUGGCAUCCGCGAUUCACAGCUGGUCUCCAUGCGAUGA